ACAACCUGGUUUGGAAUUGUUUCUAUCAAGCCGGUACAUAUAGGCCUGUAACGCCGAGUGCUGUCGUCUGCAAUACUGGCCGUCUGCUAGUGUCGCCCAUCGGAUACGCCGAGGUGAAAGUUUUUGGCAGGAUGGACGGAUGCACGCGAUGGGUUACCAAGGAAUUCAGACCUGAAAAUGCUGGAUUCGGAUACGAAAAUCCGGCGGGUUUUGUAUCGUCGCAGUGGCCCAUCAACCCGCGUCUGUUCGUGUUCUACCGGGUUCUGGUUGCUAUAGCAAUCACCGGGUGGUGUAUUGCCGAUGUCGCGUACGAGGCCGGGGAGUUUUACGAGGGCCGGGUGUGGAAGUGGUUCAUCUUCGCCACCAACUGGAGCUUCAUGCUUCUCACCAUGUCGGCGCUGUACCAGGCGCUCACCGCUCUUCUGUACACAUCCAGAGAGUACUGGAUUGUCGACCCGCUCUACUCCCGCAGCAUGCCGCUGUGUUUACGUCUUCAGUGGGUCAUCUACAACCUCAGCUGUAACUCCGCCGUCGUCGUCACGCUGUCGUUCUGGUUCUACAUCGCCCUGUUCGACCAUUCCCCCGUUCUCCAAACACCGAUGAGUCGUCUGAAACACACGAUGAACACUGUGUACGUCAUCGUUGACAUCAUGAUCAGCGGAAUGCCCAUCCGGGUCCUGCACAUGUUCAUCACCAUCACCCUGGGAUCGAUCUACGCGCUCUUCAACGCCCUCUACUUCCUGAACAACGGCACGAUCGCCACCGGAUACGGCGGAGAGCACGAGCACCACUAUGCAUACAGCUUCAUGAACUGGCGCAAACCCAUAGAGGCUGUGAUCACGUGCGUGCUGUGCGUCAUGCUGGCCAUCAUAUCACAAGUUCUACUCCACCUUUUAUACAAAAUCAGAGUGUGGAUAUAUUCUAGGUUUUAUUUUAACAGUUCCGACACACACGAGUCGGAACUCCAGAAUAUUAUUAGCGCCUCAACUAGUUAUAAUACUUUAGACGACAAAUAUCUAGAUGGCAAUGACUCCAAAUUGAUAGAGUAGUCUUUUUCAUAAUGUUUUAAAAUGGUACUGAUCGUACCAUCAGAUUUAGCAAAUUAGUAACUUCAUUUAUUGAUCUCUAACUGUAACUUACUCAACUGAUCUCUUAUUGCCCUGUAUGAGAACAGCUUAAGGGGCGUACUCAUCAUGCGAUAGAAUCAUACUGUGAGGACACCUACAUCGGAACGACUUUAGUCUUAUACGUUCCGAUUUUAGUCGGUGCGACUAAUCGCAUAAUGAGAAUACCGCUUUAACAGGACAAAUCUGUUAUAAGAGAUCUGGUUCGGAAUAGCAAACUUGUAGUUUGGCAGUUGUCGUUGCUGCAAAUUGUCCUAGACCUUAAAAUGCUGUUUUGAAGUAAAUACGUCCACACGAAGUCUCAUUAAACUCAUUAAACUCUUUUUUUUCUGGUAGUAAAAAAGGGUUAAUUUUUAUAUAAAACUAUUGGUGCUUUGGCGAACAACAACAAAAAUCUUAAGAUGCAUUCUAGUGAAGCAACUGUACUGUACGAUUUCUAGCAAACAAAAGGAUUGCAUUGCCAAAACGCCAUCAUCGUAAUGCCAUAAUCGUAAUGAGACUAAUCAUAAUAACAGUAGUACAAAUUAUUUUAAGUUAUCAUAAUUCUUAAAUGACGAUUAGUAAGAAGUUCACAAAUCAAGUCGCGUGCUGCAAAUGAUGUUUUCCAAGUCUCUUUUUAAAUUGCAAUAUUUUAUCAAGAGAAAGCUACUGCAGCCUGAUCGAUUAUUGAUCUACGGUCAGUCUUAAUAAGACGAUUCAUUACACGAACUCUCAGUUUCCGAUUCAAACUCCACACUAAACUCUGUAUAGAUUUAGUCUUCAAUUACGACUAGAUACUGACCAUGAUACAUGAAUAUUCAUAACAUGUUAUCACUCUGUUUUGUCCUGAGAUACGACUUUUGAUUGCGGUUACUGUUGUCGUCCAGAUUCCAUUCAUAUUUUUUCUGUUACAAAUGGCUCAUGAAUGCUGCAUCAAAGGCCAUGGUAUAAGUUGUCUUGUCUGAGAAAGUGUUCAUAAAAGAAAUCUAUUCAGUACCAGUAAU